AUGUCACUUAUCAAAAUUAUCGCCACUAUGGCGAUAAUGAUCGCUUUAGCAACGAAAACCAUCGGCGGCGGCGACGCCGAAAUGAACCCUACUUUGGUUUCAUCAACCGCACUCCCAAAGACCGAACCACCCGUACUGCCAAAGCCGAGUAGUUUCAAAAGGGUAAGUCGUUUCCUCCAGCAAGGAGUUAGAAACCCCAGAGCCGCCGAUCACUGCCACAAAGACGAGGAGGUUUGCUACAUCCAAGACGGCGCCACCUCCACUUGCUGCAACAACAAAUGCAUCUUUUUGGCGACGGACGACCACAACUGCGGCGCAUGCAAGAGGAAGUGCAAGUUCACCCAAGUUUGCUGCCGGGGAGAGUGCGUCGAGAUUGCUUUCGAUAAAAGGCAUUGCGGCGCUUGCAACCACCGGUGCAAUCCCGGCGAAUAUUGCGUUUAUGGAAUGUGUAACUACGCAUAAAUUUUAAGGGUUAUUAUGAGCGUUGGGAUUUAUUCAUAUACACGAUAAAAAAGAAGUACAUUUGAAGUGCUUCUUAAAAGGUUAUAUUUAUAUAAUCAUUAAUAAUUACUAUAA